AUGGAUUCCGCGAUGGAUACGGCCUCGACGGCCAGUGAUCACAGUAUCGCGUCGUCGAACGAUUCCCGGGGCCGCGGCAAUGUUUCGCCGCCGAUCCCCCACAACGGGGGUGCUCAUCAGCAGGACAAAACGCGUACGCCGACCCCGGUCAGCCCGGUGCACAAUAGUCACGGGAGCAGUAGUAACACUGGCCCCGGGCGUGGGCUUUCGACUAGUCCGCUGAGUGCCGGGGCCCAGGCGGCCCAGCAAAUGAUGGGCCACCUGGCGGGGCACCCGCUCAGCCCGCCGCACGUGUCCACGCCGACCACCAUGGGGAUGGUCGGGAUGGGGCCCCGCGGGAUGGCCCAGAACCUGUCGCACAUCCCGCCGCACGGGCUCGGGCUGCUGAACUCGUUCAUGCACCACGCCAGCCCGCUCGAUCUGAUGGCCGCCGCGCACCACCACGUGCCGCCCCGAUCGUACAACAGUCCCCCGCCGAUCUCCAGCUCCGACCCGACGGCCAACGAGUGCAAGCUGGUCGACUACCGGGGCCAGAAGGUGGCCGCGUUCAUGAUCCAGGGCGAAACGAUGCUCUGUCUUCCGCAGGCGUUCGAGCUGUUCCUGAAGCACCUGGUCGGUGGCCUCCACACCGUCUACACCAAGCUGAAGCGGCUCGACAUCGUGCCGCUCGUUUGCAACGUCGAGCAGGUCCGGAUACUGCGCGGCCUCGGUGCCAUCCAGCCCGGCGUCAACCGCUGCAAGCUGCUGUCCUGCAAGGACUUCGACGUGCUCUACCGGGACUGCACCACGGCUAGAUGCUUGUCCAUAAAGCCACCUGAGAGUAACUCUCUGCUAUCGCACAGUUCCAGACCUGGACGGCCACCGAAGCGGGGUCCGGUAGGACUCUCGAUGCCAGCGUCCCACAUGCCGCAUCACGCGCAGCUGAAGAAGCACCGCCUGGACAACGGAGAGUUCGUGUACGAGAACGGGCAUCUAAGCGGUUUAUUGAACGCAUCCCGUCGGGGUGGCCCCCGUUUUUCUUCCGUCCCCUUAGACCUGCCGCGGCUAGACAAGUCACCCCUGCUGGCGAACGGGUACAAUGCGCCGCCGACGCACCUGAACCACAUACCGUUCAUGCAGAUGAAUCCGCACCCGGGCGGCGGCCACCACCCGCUGAUGAGCCCCGGCGUCAACCCGCACGGCAUCCCGCGGCCGGACGGGUCCAUCAUCAAGGGCCAGAACAUCCCGGGCAUGGAGGCGAUCGCAAGAGCCGCGUACGAGGAUAUCGUGAAGCACCUCGAACGACUGCGCGAGGAGCGGGGUGAUGACAGGACACCGGGCGUGGACCACAAGCCGCGCGAUCUGAGCUCCCAGGGCAGCGGUCCACCGCUGGCCGAGUCACCGAACGGGCAGAGCCCGGCACUGAACCUGUCCAAGUCGUCGGUCGCCGACCACCACCACCACCACGCGGGUGGUGGUGGGGCCGGUUGCGUCGGUGGGGCGGCGAGCAGCGUGGCGCUGAGUGAACGAAGCAACCCGAUUUCACCGGAACCGUCCGUGCACGAGGAGGACGAAAACAUGAGCGAAGCCAACAUAUCGGACACGGAAGAGCCGAACGAGAAGGACGAAGAUAUCAGCGACUGUGAGAGAGACAUUAGCUCACCGGUGCCCGUGUCCGGGCCGGGUGGUGUCGGCGUGCCGCAGGACCUCGAGAGCCGGGCGCAGGCGUUGAACUACUCCAGUCUGGCCGUCGCGGUCGGUGGUGUCCCGCCCGGCCAGGACCCGACCAUCAUCUCGUCCACGGAGACGCUACUGCGGAACAUCCAGGGUCUGCUGAAGGUGGCCGCCGAUAACGCCCGCCAGCAUGAACGGCAAACGUCGUACGAAAAAGCCGAGCUGAAGAUGGACGUCAUCCGCGAACGGGAGGUGAAGGACUCCUUCGAACGUCAGUUGGCCGACGAAAAGCGGCUCCGAGCCCUGUACCAGAAGCGGCUCAAGAAGGAGCGCCGAUUGCGGAUCCAGAUCCAGGAGCGGCUCGACGGGGAGCGCAAGCGGCGGGUGCAGCUGGAGGACAUCAUCAAGGCAUCGGGUGCGCCGGCCGAAGCGCUGCGGAUCAUAGCAGAAAACAUAAGUAGCGAACAGCAGCAGCGCGAGAAGGAACGCGAGCGGGACGCGGAGAAGGAGCGCGAAAAGGACGCCCGGCACCCGGGACGUGAUAAAGGACAGGAACGUGAACGAGAGCCGCUGGAUCGUAAUCGGGAUCGGAUCGGCAUCGGUGGCGGCGGUGGCGGUGGUGUCCUCGGUGAACCGGAUGCGAUCCACCACCGGCCGGACCGGCACCGGGAGAUCGAACGGGAGCGGAGGGCGUCCUCGUCCGAGCGCUACUCGAAGGAGGGCAGCCCGGUGCCGACGCUCGUCGCCGGGUCCGGCCCCGCACGGCCCGGAAGCCAGGAAGUGUCCCCUCAAUCGCAGCCCCAAAUUAGCGACGGCAAAACGUGGAACUAUCCCGGGCUCGACCUCAUGGCCACCGGAGCCUUCUGGCAGAAUUACUCCGAAUCACUCGCCCAGGAGCUGGAGCUGGAACGGAAGGCACGCCAGCAGGCGGUGGAAGGGGACGUGAAGGGGCCGCUGCAGGACCGCUCGAACUACUACAAAAACUCCGUACUGUACACUAGUGCCACUUAGUUCAAAUUAAUGCUAAUCUGCUGCAGACCCGGCGAGGACCGAGGCCGUGAGUGCGCGACGGGCGGACGGGCGGUGUAUAGUAGUGUAUAACACAUGUGCAAUUAUA